AUGCGUGGCGACCAGUGUGGAGUUGCUGAAGGUGGUGCUGCACGCGACGGUAUGGAAAGUGCUCUAUUGGGGUUCUCCUUGAUCGAUGGCACAAAUGGUGCUGACUUCCUGGAACUUCUACCAGCUGAUUGCUUCGGUGCUCGAAAUUUCCCAACCGACUUGACCGAUGAGAAGUUCUGCUACCAAGAGCAUUUUCUCAAAGGCAGCUUCACGCCAGACCCCAACUAUUCUCCGCAAUGCGUGCACAUGGAUCGAAUCAUGGUGAUGGAGCGAGACAAGGAUGAGCGGAUGAACGCAAUUCUUAACCUCCUAGAGCAUGGGAUCUUCGAAGCGCUGAUGACGCGUAGACUCCAGGGCGUCCAAAUCGCGAUCUGCAAGAGCCAGGACGGUCGAACGAAUGUCUUCGAGACAUACACUAUCUCACUGGACUACAAUGGAAAUCGCGGACCCCCAGAUCGAAAGCUCGCCGGCAAGGAGAGUUGGCAGUCAUCUCUAGAGGCCAGGAAGGGCAUCAUGCGCAUGCUUCACAAGAUCACCGUGCUAGCAGAUGAACGAACCCUCGGCUUCCACCUCCUCUAUACCCCUGAUUGUCCAGAAGUUUAUCAAUCUCACGGCUUCGCGGAGACUUACGAUGAGCGAAUCAGCUACCCCCGACUUCCCAGUUGGACGAGAACAACUGUCACCUGUGGUGGCAUUGACACUGGAUCCUACACUGCUACUCUGAAAGUGACAUACCUCACACCUCCUAUCCCAUUGGGCGUUGAUUCUGUGGCUAUGCCUGAAUCGACUGCGCAGAGAUGUGACGACCGCAGAAGUCGAUUUGUUGAUCUCGGGUUUCUUUGA